AUGGGAAAAUACAAUUUAAUAUUUAAAAAAAAUUGGUUUGCCAAAAGUAUUUUUGGAACCGUUGGUUUUUUUGUCAUUAUAGAUCAACUAGCCAGAUACCAAUAUGACAUUCCAGAAAUACGAAAUCCAAACUUAACUAUGUGGCCAUGGUGGUUAGAGAAAGUUAACGCAAAAAGAUUAGGUGACGAAAACGCUAUUUUGAAUGACAAAGACAGUCAGCAUUCUUAA